AUGCCUCGCGCUGACCUGCAAGAUCUAUACGCCCAUUUGCACUCAUCCCUGAAGACCAGACGUCAGGUCUUUUAUAGUUGGUUCACACAUCCCUGGUGCAUGCCACAUGAAAUGGUCUGCAUGCCAUAUGCAGGACUUGUUGACAUUGACCCUCAUAUCAGUAUCAGCUUUCAUGAACGAAAUGAGUUGAUACAAUACAUUGAAGAGCUCAAAUACCUCGAAAACACCGAGCACGAAGACGAAGACGACUUUAUGGCGCUUCAAAUCAUCCCCCUAGAUGGCUUAAGACAAUCCAUGACAAAGCAAGUCUUCAAGAGUACCUACCUGAUUUCCCGAGAAGAGCCUAACUUGGAGAUUGUCGGUACACUCUUUGUUGAGAAUUCGUCCCUCCGCGUGCGGAAUAAGUAUAGUGUCAGUUUGGAGGAUGAGUAUCUAGGCACUGAUCCCCUUCUAUGGAUAAAACAAAAUUUUGAGAAAUCUAAGAUGGGGUUUUCAUUAUGGUCUGGGAAGACAUGGCAGGGUCUCCCAUCUUCUCCACGUGCCCGCAUUACAUGCGUGAAAUUAGCCGAUAAACUCGUAGUGACAAUUACUCGUGAUCUAGGAGAGGCUGAAUGGCCGGAUCGGCUAUGA